AUGGGGACACAGCAGCGUCACUGCUGGGAGUGUCGCCGACGCUGCUUAGUCUGCGAUUUCACAGAACCAGCAUGCAAGAGAUGCUCAACAUCUGGUGUCGAAUGUCCUGGAUAUAGCCAUGUCAAACCCCAAAGGCUAAAAUGGCUCGCACCUGGGAGAGUUACAUCUCGAAGUCGGAAACGAAAAGGGCCGGUGGAGAAUGUCGGCAACAAAACCAACGACACCAUGACUAAACAGCCGAAAAUGACUAUCGCUUUCAACAUGGCCAUUCCUCGAUUCGAGCUAAAGACUGAUGUUUGCUCUUUGCCUGAGGCUGCAGAGUACUGUAAGUUUUAUAGUCAAGAAUCCUAUCUCCAGUCAACUCUUGUAUAUACAGAGACCUGGCACCUAUCCAAGAGCUUGGCAAGAACCCUCACAUAUAUCAACUAUCAGUCAUUCAUAUCCAAAGAGCAGCCAACAAGCCAGACUAUCUCAACUUCGGUAUGCUCUGUUCAACAAGGGACAUCCCUCAACUGGAGAUGUCACCUAGAGGGUAUUCACAAACUUAUUGCACUGCGAGGCGGUUUCCAUGCGGUGGCUAACUCGCCAAGUUUGGAGCCACUGCUUCUUUCUUUUGGUUGUAACGUCGCCGUCAUUGGGAACACGACAUGCGCUGCGUCGGAUCUCAUCAUGACUGGGUCAUACCUCGAUUCUCUUGGCUUACUACUUGAGAAGUAUGGCGCGGCAGUGUCACCUAUUCACAUGUGUCCACUGCCGUUAUUCGCCGAGAUUAUCAAGAUCAACCACCUUCGCAUGCGUGCAAUAUCUUGCGAUUUCGCUUUAAUACAAGAUCUUUCGGGAGAAGGCUUUGAAAUACUUGAGCGGAUCCAUGGCUUUUCACCAGGACAAUGGGCCUCUUCAAAGCCGUUUCACCAGGAGGACUGGGUGCUGAUAGGCAAGGUAUACCAAGCUGCAGCAGCGCUGUACUGCAUCUUGUCACUACAAAGCUUGUCUGUUCUCCCUGAGACUUCGGAUCUCAGGGCUUGCUGCACGGCACACGGUCAAACUCUGUGGCGUCUACUAAAGUUAGGUCUGUCAUGUCCAAGGACCAGACGAUCACUCAUUUGGCCACUGGUCCUUCUCGGCGUGGAAGCUGUCAAUGGGGGUCCAGAAAUGCGCGCUUUUGUUUCAGAAAAGCUGCCCGAGCUGAGCUAUGAUGCCGGUACUUACGUGCCCCUAAUGGCCAAGAGCGUUCUUGAAGAAUUCUGGAAUUCAGGAGAAAUGCGGUGGGAUGCCUGUUUUGACAGGCCAUAUGUCUUUACGAGUCAGAUAGCUGUCGACACAAGUCGAUUAUCACCAGGCUGA